ACGUGACUGUCCCAUUUCACUGCUUUCUGUCACCGUGACUGUCUCGACAAACAAGAAAAUAGCAAUCAUCGAUCACGAAGAACAAAGACCAACAGGGAGGAUUUUUUAAAAGAGGUUAUUUCUGAUCAGACAGCAGAUCUUUGUGAUUAUCUUGGCUGUUCAGUUUUGAAACCGUAACCAGGAAGUGAAAUAAAGGUUAGAUUGCUGGAGCCCAAAUAAAGAAAAUGGAUUCACGGUCUGUGGAAGAACUUUCUUGCGCUUUACACAGUGAGAAACUCGAUUUCUUCUGUGUGGAGGACAAACAGCCUGCGUGUUUAAUGUGUAGAGAUUCACAGAAACACGACAAUCACACAUUCAGACCCAUCAGUGAAGUGGUUCCGUCAUACAAGAAGGAGCUCAGUUCGGCACUGAAAUCCUCACGGGGGAAGCUUAAACACAGCGAAGACAUUAAAGAAAAGUGUGUGGAAACUCUUCAGCACAUCAAGUCUCAAGCUGAGCGCACGGAGCGGCAGAUUAAACAGGAGUUUAAGAAGCUUCAUCGUUAUCUCCGAGAUGAAGAAGAAGCUACAAUCAAUGCACUGAGGGAGGAAGAGGAGCAGAAGAACCAGAUGAUGAAGGAGAAGCUGGAGGAGAUGGAGAGACACAUCUCAGAUCUUUCACACACAAUCCAAGACAUGGAGGAGAUGAUGACAGCCAAUGAUAUCUGCUUUUUAAAGAAGUUUCCAGUCCCAAUGGAAAGAGACCAGAGUUCAGAGCCGGAUCCACAGAUGGCGUCUGGAUCUUUGAUUCAUGUCCCACAUUACUUGGGAAACCUGCCGUUCAGAGUGUGGAAGAAGAUGCAGGACAUCGUCCAAAACACUCCUGUGAUUCUGGAUCCAAACACGGCUCAUCCAUGCCUCAUCCUGUCUGAUGAUCUGACUCGAGUCAAACAGGGCGGGAACAAACAACUGCUUCCUGAUAAUCCAGAGAGAUUUGACCUCUUUCCGUGUGUUCUGGGUUCAGAGGGCUUUAACUCGGGAACACACUGCUGGGACGUGGAGGUUAAAAAGAGUUCACGUUGGAGACUUGGAAUAACCACAGCAUCAAACCAGAGGAAGGGAGGUGAUUUCUUUAACACUGAUGUCUGGAGUGUGCAGUACGGACUGGUUGAGGAGUCUGGUUAUCUGGUUAAACAGAAGCUUGAUCGUGUCAGAGUUGAUCUGGAUUAUGACAGAGGAAUGGUGUCGUUUUCUGAUCCUGUAUCUAACGCAUAUCUACACUCACUCACAACCACCUUCAAUGAGACAGUCUAUCCGUUCUUUUAUAGUUUUUUCCCUCUGAGGAUCUUAUCGCCCGAUAGUCAGUAAACGUCACGUUUGGAUCGACCUGCUUUUAUCUUUUACGGUCAUCAUGUUUCCAGUAUUUAAUCCGUAGAACAUGAGUAAGAGUGCUGUUGAUCUGAAUAUCAGUACGGCUGUGAUUGGGAUCACAUGACUGAUAUCCUGCGCUACAGCAACACUGACAAUGUCGUAUUGCUUUUAUACAAAAGAUCAAUAAACAAGAAGUUAACAUCGAGUAACUUUUUCUGACAGAAUAUGACCAGAUGUUUUGUUCGAAAUAAAGCAGGAUAAAACUGCCUACAACAACACCAAAACCAUAUAAGUCCAUACAAGCUGCGAAUGCUCUGCAUACCAAAGCCGUUACUGGACUUGCUAAUUAAUAUUACCACUAUACAUCUCUAUACCUACCCUUGUUUAAGGUGUACCAUAAAACUUACACGAUUGAGUUUUUGUAAUGCGUAUGUAACUGUUGGGUAAGCGGAUCCACAGCAGUUUUGCCGCCUACGCUCUGUGUAUCGUCAUCAUUCCGCGUUCUCAUUGGUUUUCUGGCAUAUAUACAGGGAAACCUAUCCGUGAAUUGCUUUCCCAAGAGCUCAAUCAAUGAAAAUCACAUUAUAUUUGAUACGAAACUAACUAGACUAAAUCAACAUAAACUAUUUUCAUAGCAUUUCAUUUUUGUCCAUAGGGAAUUUAAGUUCUUAUGAAAACGCAUAAACCGUUAAAGACCGACCUCUACCGUAACUAUUCGAGGUUGUCAAUGAAUCGACAGUAUGCGUUUGUUAGUCAUCGAUUUGCAUUUCAACUUAUUUUUAUUUAUUAUUCUCAUAUUAUUUAUAAUAGGGUACUUGUAUUUACUAUAUUGUACUUAUUAUUAAUUCUCAAGUUUAAAAAAAUGUGUCUGGCAUACAUUUAAAGUGACAACUGGCGUUGUUUCUUAUUUGUUUUGAUAUAGUGUCCCAAGCCGAUGCCAUUUAAUGGUUUCUGCGACACUCGUGGCACCUAGCGGAAAUACAAAAAUACUGCAUAUUUUGCGCGAUUUACGCCUCCCCAUCUCGAUCACAGCUCUUACGGUGCUUGUGAAGGCAUGUCUCAGGUAAAUGUCGGCUGUUUCAAUAAAAGGUCCAACAUAUUAGGAAUACUUUUAGCUGUGUUGCUAUGUGUCAUGAGAGUUAGCAAUUGAGUAGCUAACACUGUCUAGAGCGAACGCGAACGUCUCGCUCAUUAUAAACCCAUCCAAUGUGUCUGAACCAAGCAUGUUUUAUUUAUAUUUUUUACAGUUUUUAGUCACAAAAGCUCUUCAAUUCCACCAAAAAACAUGAGUAAAUACUCCUUGACAACAAUUGACUCAACCACUUUCUUAUAUGGAUGGCGUUUUGCUUGAUAAACGUUGCAUAUCGCCGCCAAAAUUAGACUGAGAUUGUGUGCGAAGGAAUUACCAAUGACAUAAACCUACGGUACUGUAUGUAAUUUUAAUAAACACAACUACUUCAAACACAAAAAUAUAAAUAAUGAAAUGUCUGCCUGAUGGAGACUUGCCAUUGGCUGUUGUGUUUGCAUAGUUAAUGAGGCAGGUCUAUGCAAGAGGGGAUUUUUUUAAUAGUCAUUUGUAAAUAUAUUUGUUUUAAGUUUUGUUUUGUGUAAUGGAUGCAGUAAUGCGUUAAAUAUGAAUUUUCUCUUAAAAGAUGGUGUUAUUUAAAGAUACCAUUGUAGAGAUUUGUGUUCCUGUGAGCUAAUCGGUGAUGAAUCUCUUUUUGGUUUAAGGCAUUUGAUUUGAACUUCAAUAGAAUUGACUUUACUUACUUUACAUCAUAACAAAAUCAGGAAUAAUACAAUAUUGUGAUUGUUAUUAGACAUUACAUUUUUUUAUGACUCUGAGCCUUAAAAUUCCCAUUAAUAAAACACACUUUAGCAUGACUGUCCAAUUUAGGCCCGUUUAGCGAGUACAUUACCUUUAAAAACAUGAGUAGCAAUCAAUUGUUUCGUAGAUGUUGCGAUGCCUAUUUUACAGAGGAAAAUGUCAAGAGAAACAGCCGUGAACUAUUUAUAUAUUAUAUCAGAAUUGAAUAAGAAAGACGGUAGGUCUACUCUUUAUUGAAUUCAUCUCAUUACAAUGAUCGUGUGACGAUGCUAAACACCGUGAUCAUUGAACGGGAAAUAAAUACAAUACAUACAAAAAUAGAUGCAAAACUGUACACUGAUGUGUUUAUUCUUGAUACGAGUUUUUAAUGGUUUAGAAUUAGUUUAAUGAUUAUGUACUCAAAUUUGGUUUAUCAUGGAAAACCAAUUCAAUUCAACUACAAAGUUGGCACGAGGGUUGUACAAUGUAAUUCCAAACUAAAGUUACUAUGACUGUUAUUUAUUUCUAAAGUAAGCUACAAGUAGGAUAAAAAGUGAGCAAUUUUAGUCGUUUCCUGAGUUGGAGUCCGCUAGAAUACUUUAAAGCUGUUUCCAUCUAAAAUUGCGAACUUAACUUAUGCGUAAAAUUGAAAUAUCGCAAAAAAAAAAACAUUUGUAAAUAAAGCACCAUUUCCAUCCAGUGAGUCGAAGAGAACAAAAUCGUCACUUUCUGAUAAACUGGCGCUAAAUAUUACCAAGAAAACUAGGAGAAGCCACUGUAUAUAAUAUUUUUUGUAUAUAAUAAAUUACUUGUGCCUAAACGCGGUCCUGUUAUGUUGCUUUCGGAGGCGGAUGCCUGCUGUUUGGAAAUGCAGUCAUGUAAAGGCCCUGAUAUACUUCAAGCGAAAUCGUAAAAUGAACUUAUGUAAUUUUAAACAAAAUCAGGACAAAAUGAACUUCGUUUUGGGAGUUUGAAACACUUUCGGGAAAGUUCGCUAUGGCUGGUGAACACCUUUGUGCUGCCAUUGGUCUGUGGUGAUGAUGUAAUAGGUGGGCGUGGCUCUGAGGCUCCGCCUUCUUCGAUGUAGAAAUCUUCUCCAGUUAAUUUCUCUUGUUCAGUCCGUCGAGGUCAGACGUCUGCGAGUGAAAACGUGAACACACUGGAGAUAUGCUUUUUAGUAGAAAUUUAAUUCUGUUAUGAAAACACUGACACUGUUUUUCAUGUUUAAUACUGUAAAACUGCUUGAUUUUAAGCAAUCUAUUGUACAAAGUGCUGUAUAAAUAAACGUGACGUGACUUUACUGGAGUGUCAAAUUGCAGAGCUCUUGCAAACAUAACCACUUUGACAACAGAGUUUGCUCGGGUAUUUCGGUCCGCUGGUUGGGCCAGAUAUGCCGUCCCACCGCGCAAAGUCACCAUUACUUUUUUGAUGCACAUCGAGGAAUUUAUUCGGUAAAUUAAUUCCCAUUGUAGUUUAUAGUUUAUGCGCAUGUUUUCUUAUCAGAUAAUAAAUUUCCGUCUCAUUUAAGAGCAUAUGUUUUUUUUAUAUGCAUUUUUUUUUAAAUUCAUGUGCAUUUUUUAAAUUUAUGUGCAUCUUGCUGUUUCCAUCCAGCGGGUUUUUUAUGCGAUUCCUAAAAUGCACAUAAAAAUUGGUGGAUGGAAACAUAGCUAUUGAUCAAACUAUAGAAACAGUGUUUGAUUCUUUUAGUAAGCUCACUGGAUGACCAUAUGAAUAGGUGGGCACUGCCACCCAAAACCCCCAUUGGUGAUGAGCCUGUUUCUUUAUUUGUGAAAAUACUAUAAUAGGUGAGUAUUUGUUUCUGAUUCUCACGUCCGGUGUAUAGAGGGUGUAAAAUACAUGUGUAAAACUUUAAAACAACCUAAAGUAAUUGGGAUUUAGUGAUGCUUAUAGUCGAGAGAGAAAUUAAAUGUGGCGUAGUUCAUCUUAUCCCUUUACCAUGGUUGUCUUAAAUGGAGCACUAAUGUUUUUUUUAUUAUACAAAAAUAAAAUGUUUUUUUUAAUACUCCAGUUGAAGGCAAAGCUAAAAAAGCAUGUCUCUGCUUUUGUGUUAUUUUGUUGUGCUAUUUAGUUCAGAAGCAAGUGGGUGGUUAAAAUCUUCUCUAUUCUGUAAUUGACUUUAAAUUAGAGACUUGAGCACCAGGACUGUCUCUUUCCAUCACUUGGAUAAUAAUAUUGAUCAGCUGAAAUGAUCAAUUUGAUUUCACAAUUGUAAAUGGUUCUGUUUUAAAAUGAUAUUUCUGUGGUUUGAGAGAGUUUGCUGUUCAUAUAUUCAUUGUUUAUUUCUAGAGUGGAAUUUAAAGGUGCUGUAUGUAAUUUGUUUUGGACUGUACUACAUCAUAAAAAUGCUAUAAUAUGUAUGGAGAGAUUUAGGAAACAUGGUAAGUUCAAAUACUUGUUUUUUCUGAAAAACAAUGAUAUUCUUUGAAAUGUG